GUUUUCUACCUAUGAGGUUCUUUCCUUAAAGCUGUGUGCCUCCUGUUAGCUUUAGCAGCCUGCUGACUUCCUUUUGCUCCCCACCUGGGCACUCAGCGUGGGAGGAGGGCAGGUGCUGCAGCCCUGGCUACGGCUGCAUGCAUCAGCGAGGUGUGGUGCUGUGCCUGAGUCCCGUACCCGGUGUGUCACAGAUGUGCUGCUGUCCUGCCUGUCUGAGCAAGUAGUGUUCCCACCACCAUCUCGCAGUGCUCAGGCUGCCUUGGUGCAAGAGGCCCAGGACAUGGUGGCUGCUCUGCUCCUCCCAGACACCUACUGUGCUAGCUGUUGAAACUCAGCAACUGCUCUGGCCAAGUAUUCCUCGAGUAAAGCCCCAGCUCCUCUACCAUGUACCAGCCUGGCUUUGUACCACAGGAUUAUUGUCCAACCAUGAUCCCAUCUCCUCCCUACACCUACCUACCGCUGCGCCCUGGGAGAGCGGAAGACCCAAGCAGCUCCACGAUGUUCCCUCCCAUCUACAUGCACAACUUCUACAGCCGCCCCAUGACCUUUGUGGUAGACAGAAGCAGCUAUCCUGACUAUGCGGGGAGUCAGGUGGAGUACCACCACUUGUACAGUGCCUCCAACCCCUACUUCCAUCCGUACUAUACCUGGCAUUUACCCCCUGUGGUCACUGUCCCACUGUAUAAUCCCUAUGCAAACUACAAUCCCUAUGCUGCCUACCAGAGGUCAGACCAUUAUCGAGACACGUGGCCAGAUGGCUUCACCAUGAGAGGGGAGCUUCAGUGGGGGAAGCUUGGGAAGGUGUUUGGACCAAGGAAAGACCUCCCAGAAUUUGUUAAGGAUGAUCUCCGAAGGGUUUAUGGCACCUACCCACGGACCAAUGUCUCCAUCACCUACCGGAAAGGGGAGUUCUUAGUCAAAGCAGACCCCAAGGUAGGAGAGCAGGAGUACACAGUGGAGAAAAAUGUCAUCCAGAGGGCUCUUACCCCCAGUGCCAGUGAGGCAGAUGACAGCAGUGAGGAUCGGAACAGGAAGAAGAAAAAGAAACUGAGACGUUGAUGUAGUUGGUCACACAAUAAACAGAUGCUCCACAGCUCCAGGGAGCCAGCUGGCAGCUAGGAAGCAGCUCAAGCAAUGGGUGCCACUGCUCCUCUGGGCUUUUAACUCUGUGUCCUCCACAAGCUUAUGGCAGCUUCACCUGUUUGAUACACAGUGCCUGUCUUGUGAAGAAACCACCUAGCACUUGUCUGUCUGUCAGAUCAGCUCUUCAGUCCUGGUUUUGGAACACAUGCUUGCUUACCACUGAUUUGGUUGGGUGGCCACAGGCUGGGACGGGAUUCCCAGAGAGCAGCCCUUGGUGAGAUGGCCCUCUUCCUACACUGUCCAGGGGAAGGUGCUGGGAGCUGGAUCCCUUCCUGGCACUCACCCGAGGGGAUCAAAACUGGAUUUCCUUCAAGUUGAAGGCAGUGCAAGUCCCAGAGGGGAGAGGGUUCUCUGGAACUGUAAAGGGUAAUUGUCUGCAUAUCGUCACUGCUGUUUUAUGGCUGUACCAUUGUACUUCUGGUGUGAUGCCUGCACACAGCACUUUGCUGCACUCUGGCAGAAGAUCUCUGUGUCCUGAUCCUCUUACACUUGGUAACCUGGUGCUUGUUCCUCCUGGCCAUGUGUCCUGGCUGAAAUGGCUGCCUGAGGCUCUCCCCUGGGUCUGACCCAGCUCUGGCUGGGGGUGCUGCCUUGCUGCAGAUAGCAGAGCUCUGUGUCCUGUGGCACCUCCACAGCUGCUCUCCUGGAUCUGAGAAUGACUUGCUUGCAAACUUGUGCCUUUUAAAUGAUUAUAAAUAAACAAUUCAAAAAAGA